AUGCUAUAAAAUUUAGGAAAUUACAGGAAAAGAAUAACAGAAAUAGUUUCACCAACUUUUUUUAAAGAACGAAAGAUUUCUGAAGUAGUAGAGUAAUAACCACCAAUUAUUAUAAAUAAUCGAAUAAAAUCUUUACAUUUACCAGAAAUUUCAUUAUUGUUGAAUAAUUCUAUUGAAUUAGAUUUCACUGGAUGUAAAACAGCUUAAAUGAAUCAUACAAAUAAAAUUAAUGUAUUUUAAUAAUAUGAUUAAUUGAAUGAAGGAUCAUUAAUGAAAAAAUCUGUAAUUUUAUCUAUGAAUUGUUCACCAAAGAAUCGUAAAUUAUAAAGAAGAGGUACUUUAUUUUUGAUAGAUGAGAAUGAAUAAAAGAAGUAUGAAUAAUGGGUUAAUAAGUUAAGAAAGAAAACAACAGAUUAUUUUGUUAAUAUUAUUUUGAAUCAUUAUAUUGAACUAUUUGCUUCUAUUUAAAUGAAACAUCACAAACAUUUAAUUGAUAUUUAUUGUGAAGUUGGAGAAUAAAUAUUAUAAAGUCCAAUUAUAUUAAUUCGAUUUACUUUAGUUAUUGGAUCAUACUUUUUAGAAAUUAAAGAUUUUAAUAAAAGUAGUUUCUUAUCUAAACAAUUAUUUAUAAUUACUAAAAUGUUAUCUUUAUAUAAAGAAAGAUCUAGAAUCAUGUUAUUUAUUUCAAAGAUUUGUUAAUAAGGAUAAUAAUAUGAAUAAUCAUUAUAAAUAUUAGAAGAUGGAUUAGUAUAUAGUUGGUUAAGUGAUGGAUCAGAAGAAGAAGCUUAAAUAUAUGAAUCUAUGGGUAUUUCAUUAUUUUAUAUGUAAUAAUAAAAAAAAGCUAGAAUAUUUCAUUUUAAAUAUGUUAAUGGACAUUUAGAACCACAUAAUUCAUAAUUAAGAAUUUCUAUUAUAUAAUAAUUAUAAUUAACAGAAAAAUUAUUAAAAGAAAAAGGAGAAAAAUAAAAUGAAAUUAAUGAGGCAGUUAUUAAUAGAUUAUAAUUUCCAUUUUUAAAAAGGGAAAGAAAUAAAAUAAUAAAAAAGAUUGAUAUAUCUUAAUUUGAAGAAAAUAUUAAAUAAAUAAUAAGUGAAUUAAGUUAAGUAAUUAAAUAUGAAAGUAUAUUAUUAAGAGAUAGUUAAAUUCAAAAACCAAUGAUGAAAUUAAGAGAUUUAGGAACAAUUACUUCAAAAUAUUUAGAAAUGAAAAGAAAGAAUAUUAGAUUGUAAUGGAAAUAAAGAGAAAGAAUUAAUACAGUAACUUUAGAUAAAAAUAUAAAUGAAUAUAUCACAUAAAGAAAUAAAUCUAUUAUUGAUUGUUAAUUAUUGUUUAAACGAAUACAUGAUAAUAUUGGAUAUAAAAAAGACAAAGAAUUAGAGCCUAUUCUUAUUCAUUAAACUCAAAAGAAACCAUUGAUUUUGUAAAUAAGAAAAGUAUUUGAAUAAUAAUUAUAUGAUUGA